GCCCAAAUAACCCAAGUUUCAUGUUCGAAACCAGUUGAAAAAUACCUCUCCCUGCCUUUUGUCUUGCUUUCCGGUUCCAUGUUCUUCUUCUUCGGCUGCCGAUCCAAUUGACUCUUCCCCUAUAUCGUCAAAGGUGUUUAGCUAAGUAAUGUAGAUUUGAGAAAUGACUGAUCCCUAUACGUGAGUUCAUCAGCUGAUGCUGGCUGCACAGUUUUUCUUCAUCUGUUUAAAGGUUUAAGUGGUUUGAAAUAAAAUCAGGAGUUCUGAGCUAGUUUUCAUUGCCAAUCCGAUGAAGCAUGUUCUAAAGCUUCUCUCUCUGCUGGUGGUCAUCUCUGCACUUUGGAUCGGCCUCUUGCAGGCAUCUAUAAUACCACAAAGCCAUACUUGGUUGCUUCCCAUCUAUUUUAUUGUGUCACUUGGAUGCUAUGGUUUAUUAAUGGUCGGAGUUGGUCUAAUGCGAUUCCCUACUUGCCCCGAAGAAGCAUUGCUGCUGCAGCAGGACAUUGCAGAAGCCAAGGACUUCCUGAAGCAGAAAGGGGUUGAUGUUGGUUCCGACUGAUAGUUUUUCCGAUAACAUCUCUUCUUCGACUCAAGUGAGAACAAAUUGCUGCGAGCUUUACCGAUGGACAUCUGUUUUGGAACAGAGAGAAAAGGUACAAAUUGGGAACUAACUACAAAGUCUGCAUUACUUUCAUAGAAGAAUUAUUUCCUCUGUGUCUAACGUCUGUUGAGGAGUAUAUUUGGUAAAACAAAUGAGUUACCAUUUGUUGAGUAAUUUCACAUCAAUAGAACACAUCGAAAUCUGAACAAAGCUUCAUUGUUCAUCAUAUUUUGGAUCGGUUGACCUCUAAUUGAUAUGAUCCACUCUUGUCUCAGUCUA